AUGACACGGUACUGGGCAUCCGUAGCUGUGAUCUUUGCGGCGCUUAUGCAUGUAUGCCAUGCGUAUAUGGCCAUGCUGGAGGACAGCAAAGAAAUGCGGCAAGCUUGCAGUGGCAUGUGGGCUGGCACCAACACAAGCGUGGAAGUGGUUUUCUACCCUAAUUCUACGGGUCGUGUCACUACCAUCAUCUAUGAGGCCGAAGAAAUCGAUCUGAUCGGCAAGUAUGAUGUCGCACAGGAAAAAUACGGCCACUAUUUCAAAACCUACAUUUGUACAUCGCUUGCUAUGCAGCAUGGACUGUGUACGCAAGAUCAGUUGGGCUAUUAUAUUGUUGAUAACAGCACGACCGUAAACACCAUUCAACAAAAGCAGUUUGAUUUCGGUGAGAAAUUGACGGAGCCACAAAGCAUGACAUACCCUGUGACGUCAACAGGCUUUUACUGCGUUGGUGUUAUGCCUCUUACAACGUCUACCACUGCCAAAAAUACAGAGCGAUUCCAUGGUCACGUUGAGUACCAUAACCGGUUCGAUGGCCAGCUAGCUGCAGCCCAGCAUCCUAAGCUCUAUCUUUACUUCCUUCUUAUGGUAUUGUAUAUGGCUAUGGGCGGCGCUUGGCUAUUUGCUUGCUUCAAGUACCGUGAUCAGAUUGUUACAGUGCAGCAUUUCAUUUCAGGCGUGAUUGCUUUCCUCGUGAUUGAGAUGCUGUGUGAGUGGAUGUUCUACCGCUACUACAACCUGCAUGCCAUUGACUUGAUGAAGUUUGAGGCCAUGGAUGGUAGUGCCGGUGUCACCGCUACAGCACGUACGCUGCUAGUUCUCUCGAGUGUGCUGGAGGCCAUGCGCGACAGCUUGUCGUUCUUUUUGCUGCUCAUCGUGUCAAUGGGCUAUGGCGUAGUACGUCCGACUAUCGGUCGCGCCAUCAUUAAAGUGUAUAUUCUGACCGCCUUCCACUUUGUAUUUGGCGUAAUGUACUCGGUUGGUCUGAUUCUCGUGCUGCUGGAAGAUGCUGGCGCGUGGGUCGUGUUAUUCAUCUUCCCUCUGGCAUUUACACUCACAGCCUUCUACAUGUGGAUUAUGUUCUCACUCAAGGCGACCAUCCAGGACCUCACGGAACGUCAUCAAACAUUCAAGUGUGCUAUGUUUAAGCGCCUGCAGGCCAUCUUGAUGGGCACUAUCAUCACUAUCGCCGUCUACUUCUUUGCGCUAGUCAUCCUUGUAUCGUUGAAUGGUACAGGUGACUUUGCUGAUGACUCAUGGAAGUAUCGGUGGUUUAUUCUCGAUGGCUUUCUUUCCAUGGUAUACUUUGUUGUGUUUGCGCUCAUUGCUUGGCAAUGGCGUCCCACAGGUCAUAAUAUGCGCCUGGCCAUGUCAGAUGAGCUUGCCACGGAUGAGGAGGCUGCAGGUGCUACCUACGAUGUGCCGACUAUCGACUCCGAUCAUGAAGAGAUUGAUGCAGAUGCAGAAGAAGUGGAAUCUGUACAUCUACAACAACUCUCGCACGCACAGGCGCAUGGCGACGACCUUCCAUCGUACGCCUCUGUCUCUGCCUUGGCUGAUGAGCAUGAGACAACUACGUCGAAGGACCCUGAUGCCUUGGUCUUUGACUUGGACGAUAAUGCCUCUAUGAAAAAGCACGCUUCCUUUGACGAACACGAUGCAGAAGACUUUGAGAUGGAACGACUCACGCUUGACGAUGACGAUGACAGAACCAAGUAG